AUGAAUCAUCAACAACAGUCACAAUCACAAUCACAGCAAUCACCUACAAUUGAAUCGACUUCACAGCAACAACAACAACAACCACCACAACAACAACAAACAAUUAAAUUAUCAACGGUCAUUCAUAGAUUGGUACAAGAUUCAUAUAAUAAUUUAAUUGGACUGACAGAGAUAUCGCCGUCACUCAAAGAUGUAGAUAAGAAGCGUACACUCCUAGAUUAUUUCGAUCAGACAAGAGAGCGAUUCCUCCGACUUCUCGUCAUAUUAAAAUGGUCAUCUCAUAUAGAUACUCUUACAAAAGCAAAUGAUAUCAUACAAUUACUUGAAAAAGAAGAUUCUUUUUUUAGAGAGGCUGCCGAUAUGCUAAUUUUGACAAAAGAAAAUCUCAUAAAUGCGCGUGCACCCAUCUAUGACAUCCCGACAGCAGUCGAUGUAAUGACUUCUGGAACCUAUCAGAGAAUGCCUGUUAAUAUUGGUAUGGUAUUACCACCACCUAUUCUAUCGAAUACAGAGAUAUCGAGAGCAAUCGACAAGCUCAACAAUAUAAUAUGUUACAAGUUGUUCUUAUCGGAUGUUCCCAGUGAGUUUGAACCGAUUCGUGUUGAGAAUGGACGUGCUUAUCUAACUGUGAAGAAUGAAUACGAAGCGUUCCUGACGAUUGACGGUGCCAGUGAGGGGAAAGGUCCUAUAAAGAUACGUGUAGAUGAGAGAGUCAAAGAGGUCACCGAGAGAAUACAGAAUCGUUUAGCACAUUCCAAACAACCUUUACAUGAAUUGCAUAAUAUUAUACAUUCAUUGGUUGUAUCUGCACAACUAGAUUCAUUAUCAUCUCAAAUGGAUGCAUUGAAAAAGACAGCAUUCAGAAGUAAUAUCAAGUGUGUACAAGGCAAGGAUUUGUCACUUACCAUAUUCUUUUGGAUAUCUGAAGAGAUUGCAAAUUCAGUUGGUAGUUUAGAUGUUAAAAAACAUAUGAAUAUAAAGAUAUAUAUCGAUGAUAGUAAUAAAUUACAUGUAUCAUAUACACCUAAUAUACAGAACGCAAGAUCAGAUAGUUCUUUAAGAAUACCAUCGUUGAAUAUUGAAACGAUUCUGAUGAGAGCAAUGGAGUUGCAUGCUCAUUUCAGAGUACAGCAUCUUUAUAAUAUAUUGUUUGAAGAUUAUCUUAACAAAUUGAAAUUACAACAACAUCAACAACAACAACAACAGCAAUUACAACUUACAUCAGGCACUACUAAUACCAACACACCAAGUAGUAGUGGUAGUAGUAGUAGCUGUAAAUCCUUUCAAAUCAAUGAUUUUAAAAUGAUAUUUAGUUCACAACAUCAACAGAAACAACAAUCAUCCAAUGAAACAAGCAAUAUUGUUACUUCUACAGAUGACUCUUUACCCACAAUACUAAGAGUACAACUGUAUGGGUCGAACUAUCUUGAUAUCACAGUGAACCAACUAACUGGUAAAUUCAAUAUUUUAUUAUCAUCUUCAAAGAAUCAUGAGAUCAAAUCGAUUGUCAAUACAUUCAAACUACGUUCAUUACUCUCAUGCUUUGAAGAGGCAGCUUUAUUUAUGCGUCUCGAAUGUUUCUAUAAGAUACCUCUCGUCUCACAGCUGUUUACAGAGCAAAACUACAUUUGUAUUCGAUUCCCAAAGUAUAAAGAUAUCUACUAUCUCGUUAUCUCUAUACAUCCUACUACUUUCUUACCUAUUUUUCAUUUAAUUUAUUCAAAACCAUCUUUAAACUCUGCAAUUUUCACCGUUACACCAGAUACUCCAGCAGCUGCAGCAGCAACAACAGCAAAACCCACAACACCAACAGACACAACAACAUCUACUACAACUUUCACAAUCGGUAUCGCAGCUGCAACAGCAACAGCAACAGCAGCAGCAGCAACAACAGCAGCAGUCACAGCAGUCACAGCAACAGCAACAGGAGCAAGCACAACAGCAGCAAUCGAAACAGUUUCAACUGGGUAUCUACCGUUUGGUGAAACGUCUGUACGAGAUCGCCAAGUUUCAGAUCAACAUUGCCAGUGUCGUGCAGCAACAGAUUGGUUAUCAAGUUUCAAAAGUGAUCUAAUUGCAAUCAAUAAAAUCAUCAAUUUGGCAUCGCAACUCGUCAAACAACUACGCAUAUCCAAAGAGUUCCAAAGUACAUUCCAAAUUCUAUCAAUUAAACCAAAGGAAAUUGAAUUUAUAUGUUUAAAUUAUUCACUUUCAAAAUCAACUAUUAAAAUCGUUGUAAAUAAACAGAAUCAAAUAGUAUUGGAUUAUCAACCAUUUGUUAAUCCAUUGCUGCCAUUCUUUGAGAAGGAUCUCAAUGAAUCCAUGAAUAUGGAGAAUCUACUCCACUCGAUAGCCAUCUCCAACGAGAUUGUAUUCUCGAUUCAAGCUAUCAUCUACACACCCAACAGUAGUACCUCUCAAUUCCUACCACUAGAGAUCUACGUUAUACCAAGAUCAUCCACUCAGAUUAGAUUAAUUUAUAAAAAUGUAUAUGGAAUUGAUAUUAGAUUUGUUUCUACAGAGAAUUGUAUUGUUGAAGAUGCUCACUAUACGAAUGUUAUGGCUAAUCUCUAUCCACAGGUACAUCGAUCGAAAUUGAUGGCCAUUCCCUAUAUACACUUGAUAAUGGAGCAUCGUAUCAAUGUAGUUGCACUAGACAACCAGGGAUUCAGAUCAUCUUGGUUAGUACCGAUGCGACAAUUUAGAGCUUCACUCCAACGUAUUGUAUUAUUCAUGAGUUGUACAUUUUUAUUUAAUAUAUUGCGAUCUGCAAUCAAAGUAGAGUUUAAUGAUAUAAUGCAUCAAGCUCUAACUAUGAAAUUCAGUUCGGAAACGAUACAGUUUCAUUUGAAUGUUAGAGAUUACUCGACGUUCGAGUUGGAUGCCUCUAAUAAGCCGGAAGAUCAAUGGCGCCUCGUAUCGCCAGCAAACCAUUGCAAGCGUAGUCAGCAUGCUGACGGUGCCGCCAGUGGUGUUGCUCGAAUUGCUCAAGAUUCUGCGUGGCGACCAGGAGCAUCAGCACCAACACCGCUACAUCGUCGACAUCUGUCUGUCGGCAGCGUCGUCGCAUCUCGUCCGCGAGCCAUUCAUCCACAAGCGCGAUGCACACGUCGUGUUCAUGACACUCCGAUUCUUCAGUCGCACAAGCCAGCCUGUGCUCGGUCUCUCAGAGUUAAUCUCUACCGUUAUACCGAUCAAUUGGUUGUUCCAUCCAUUCAUAAAACAAGAUAA